AUGAACCCCCCUGGUGUGGAGAAGGCCAUCUCUCUUGCUGCUGGUACGCUCAUGAAGGGCUCUGGCUUAGAAGGCACUCCCAUGCUCUAUCAUCAGACAGACACCCUACUGGAAUACCAUCCCCGUGAUUUGCCAUUCUGUAUCACUCAUCAUGCUCCGUUCCACCGGCAUUUCGCUGGGGUUUUCUCGGAGGCAUUGGCAGCGCACGCGUACGGGGAUGCAGACAAGGCGGAGCACCUAGCACGAAAGCAAGAGGUAGGGAUAAAACUGCUCAAGCACCGGGUGAAUGGGCACGUGCUGCAGAUUUCACGCCUACAGGGGAAGCUUCUCUUGUCUUACGGGGUGAACGCUGCGAAAAUCAGGGAGAUAUGUCCUUCCAUCCAGCUCUCUAGUUCAAGCUACCAUGUCGAGAGCGAAAUUGCGGAGGUGUUCAACACCGGCGGGGUUACGCUGUUCACGGCAGUUGCCCGGGUUGAUUACUUCAAAAACGUGGAUCUCCUUGUUGAUGUAGCAGUAGCUCUGUGGUCUCAAAACAUCGCUGUGCGACUCUUCAUUGCUGGAGGUGCCAGUAUGGACAGCACCGAGCUCCACGAACUGAGCAAGAAAGUACCCAGACAGUUCACUCGGUAUGCAACGUUCAGAUCUAAGUUGUCUCGGACAUCCCUUCACGCUCUGUUCCGCCUGGCAAAAGAUAGUGGGGUUUUCAUCUGUCCCUCUCGCUAUGAGACACUGGGAGUCACACCCUUGGAAGCAGCCCUAAGCGGGGUGACCAGCCUCAUCGCUAAUUCUAGUCACGUUGAGGCAUCAAGAUACUUUCCAGAGAGAUUCCGUUUUCAGCCAGUCAAAGAGGAGCUAUGUCAAACAAUUUUGAACUUACAAGGUCGAAAUUUGGCGUCUUUGGGAGAAAUACUUCGACUCCAUGUGGAAGCCCAGGUCUCCGAUCAGCGAUUCCGGAUGGAUUUACUGUGA